AUGAUCCGCUCGAAGCUGCGCAACUACACGGAGGGUGCGGGGGUAUGGGGGCUGAUAUUCGUAGGACUGUUUGCAAAGGAGAAGUACGUAAAUGAGGUUUACGGCGCCAGCCCGGGAAAGCACUACGGGCUAUUCAUGGGUGGAGGCGGGAAGCUAUUGGGAGCACAAUUGGUUCAAAUAGUUGUGAUUAUAGGAUGGGUUGGUGCCACAAUGGGAACACUCUUCUUCAUCCUCAAGAAGAUUAAACUUCUAAGGAUCUCGGAGCAAGAUGAGAUGAAAGGAAUGUAA